CCCCCGCGGCCUGCUCUCAUGCUCGUUGUCACUUUUCGUCUCCCUAGCACGUGAGGAAAAGUCAACCCCUCUACCUUACAGGACUCCGGCUUCUUAGCUCAAUCCACCAGCCAAAAUGGGAAAGGAAAAGAUCCACAUCAACCUGGUGGUUAUCGGGCACGUAGAUGCCGGUAAGUCGACGACGACCGGUCACCUGAUCUACAAGUGCGGCGGUAUCGACAAGCGUACGAUCGAGAAGUUCGAGAAGGAGGCGGCCGAGCUGGGCAAGUCCUCGUUCAAGUAUGCGUGGGUGCUUGACAACCUCAAGGCCGAGCGCGAGCGCGGUAUCACGAUCGACAUCGCCCUGUGGAAGUUCGAGUCGCCCAAGUACAACUUCACUGUGAUCGACGCCCCCGGCCACCGCGACUUCAUCAAGAACAUGAUCACCGGCACCUCGCAGGCCGACGUGGCCGUGCUGGUUGUGGCCUCGGGCGUGGGAGAGUUCGAGGCGGGUAUCUCGAAGAACGGGCAGACUCGGGAGCACGCGCUGCUGGCCUUCACCCUGGGCGUGAAGCAGAUGAUCGUGUGCAUCAACAAGAUGGACGACUCUUCGGUGAUGUACGGCGAGUCUCGGUACACGGAGAUCAAGGAGGAGGUAGCGAUCUACCUGAAGAAGGUGGGGUACAAGCCCGCGAAGAUCCCGUUCGUGCCCAUCUCGGGCUGGGCCGGCGACAACAUGAUCGACAAGUCGACCAACAUGCCGUGGUACAAGGGCCCCUACCUGCUGGAGGCGCUCGACUCGAUGAAGGAGCCCACCCGCCCCACGGACAAGCCCCUCCGCCUGCCGCUCCAGGACGUGUACAAGAUCGGCGGUAUCGGCACGGUGCCCGUGGGCCGCGUGGAGACGGGCACCCUCAAGCCCGGCAUGGUGGUGACCUUCGCUCCCUGCAUGCUCGAAACCGAAGUGAAGUCCGUGGAGAUGCACCACGAGGCUCUCCCGGAGGCGGUGCCCGGAGACAACGUCGGCUUCAACGUGAAGAACGUGUCCGUCAAGGACAUUCGCCGUGGCUACGUGGCGGGUGACUCGAAGAAGGACCCCCCUAAGGGCGCCUCGGGCUUCAACGCCCAGGUCAUCGUGAUGAACCACCCCGGGCAGAUCUCGAACGGCUACGCGCCCGUGCUGGACUGCCACACCGCCCACGUGGCGUGCAAGUUCAAGGAGAUCACCCAGAAGAUGGACCGCCGUUCGGGUAAGGUGAUGGAGGAGAACCCCAAGUUCGUCAAGACCGGUGACGCGUGCAUGGUGAACAUGGAGCCUUCCAAGCCCAUGUGCGUGGAGUCCUUCCAGGAGUACCCCCCGCUCGGCCGCUUCGCCGUCCGCGACAUGCGCCAGACCGUCGCCGUCGGCGUCAUCAAGUCCGUCGAGAAGAAGGAGGUUUCCGCCAAGAAGAAGAAGUAGCUAUCUUCUCUUCCCCGUUCGACUGUCGAUUUUCCUGCAGUCGAGCAGGACUCUUCCGGUCGUUCGCGCAGCAACAGAUGGCGCUGUUGUGCACCUACGGUUGAGAGAGACAUGGUAACAGCUGGUGAAGGACUCGAAGAUCGUUUUCAGGCAAUGAUGCUGUAUCGCGGGCGGCAGCUUUUCGAAAGCCUUGCGGUAACUAUAGCUGACUCUAGACGGCGUUCGACGCGUGUUCCUCGGAAGGAAAACAAACGACGCCCUUGGUUGAUUUUUCACCGCGGGUACAGAUGGUCUCUUUUCGUGGUCGAGAGUUGAUGUGUUUGCGUGCUGCCGUUCUGGAGAGAGCUUUCGCAAGGGCUUGGGUUGUGGUCGUCAUGUUGAUGCUUGAUGUGUUUUGCGCUUUCUGUAUACGGCGAUAUUUUCUUGGUUAUCAGAUAUAUGCUGUUGUCGUGGAAGAGAUGGUUUCGUCAUCUUUGUAGUGGGAAUGAAGAUAAUACCUCACGUGCUAACAACUUCCGAAAUCUCUUCUGCAAGCGCUUCCCGGUGGCUCCGAUUGGCGACACACGCCGAGGUUUUUUCUCCGCCUGUGUCGUGUUAUCUCGGUCGAAGGUGCACGGGUUAACAGUUGGUCUCCACGGAAAAUGUGUGCACGUGCGACAAGGUGUGGUGGCCCGCCCCGAGGUUUAACCUGCGUUUACAUUUGCCCUCCACAAUCACAAAUGUUACAUUCAGGGCGAAGGACGAUAUCCCUUAUCUGCACGUGGGCUAUCCGUUGGGAUUACAAAUGAGCCCAGACC